AUGGGCAGCGCACCACACACGGAUGUGUUCGUCUAUGCACACUUUAGGGGCCAAGAAGGACGCGAACACUGCAUACCACGCUGUGUCUUGAACGUCAAUGAGAACAACGAAACUCGCCUGCCAAUCAUGAACGUGUCGGAUCACAAUCUCGACAUCGAAGAGAACGAGCGGAUAGCACGAGCGGUGGUCAGCUAUCCAGACGACGAGCCCUCUCCGAGGAAAGAGCUGAGCAUCAACACGGCUGAACGACGCCCUGUGCCAAGCGAGGAGAUCGAAACGGGGCCCUCUGCCACUCUGGAGCAGCGAGAGGUACUCGAACGCCUCAUUGAUGAGUACAGCGACUGCUUCGCGCGCAACACUUCAGAGACUGGACACACGGAAGCUGAAGAAAAGCUGAAGAAUUCUCGGAACGCGGCGUGUCUGGAAGCGAUCCAGAAGGCUGCCCUCGUGGUGUGCCUCGACGGCGGAUUGGCAGACUUGGAUCCCUACGAGGUGGCCUGGCCCCGGCAGGUAUACAAGGGCGGCCCGAACGCCGAAUAUGCAGCCAAUCGAUGGUGGGACAAGCCGGUUCAGGUGAUUGUCGGGGAAGACGGAGGGUCCGCGCUUCUCUACGACCACGCAGCCUUCGACGGCACCGCAAUGGCUGGAGUCACGAAUCACUGCUACGACUACGCCCAGAAGGCAGGGAGCUUUGAAGCAUCUGAGGACGGCGCGGAAGCUGCUCCUCACAAACUGGAGUUUGUUAUUUGGCCCGAUACAUUACACGACAUAGAGAAGGCAAAAUCGUUCCAUGCAAGAUAUGCCGGCGGUACUGAAAGGCUCUUCUAUCGAUUUUCUGACUACAGCAAAACGUUCGUCCAGUCUUGCAACAUGAGUCCCGAUGGCUACGCGCAGAUGGCCAUGCAACUAGCGGCCUCCAGGUAA